CCCUCAGGGCGGUCCGCAGGUUCACGUGCGAAUAACUUUCGCCGAUGCCCUCUGUGUGGGGUUAGCUGCAUGUCGCCAGGUUUACUGGAUCGGCAUAUGGCAUGUCAUGCGACCAUGGACACGCUGACCCAGCUAGGGGUGCCGGCUGCUCCGGCUCCUGGCCAGGCCUUGCAUUUUGAUCCGACUGCAGCAGCAAGAGCCCCACGCGGGGAGCAGGCAGCCCCUGCAGCCCCUGCUGCUGCCCGCAUUGUUGCCGGACGCUGCCACUGCCCUCACUGCCCCAAGACGUUCUCGCGCACUAGCAACCUGCAGCGUCACUGUGAAAGGGCUCACGCUGCCAACCGGCCGGAGCGCUUUUCGUGCCCUCGCUGCAAUGUGUGGCGGACAAGCUAUGAGCUGCUGUGUGAUCAUUAUCGCUCAAAACACGGCCAGGCGCGGGCAUGUGAUCGUUGUUGUAGCGCCUUUGACUGUCCCCAGGUGUUCCGCUCGCAUCGCUGUGUCGCGUUGGAGAAUGCAACGUUCCUGUGUGUAUACUGCCGCGAAACGUUUACAUCGCCAGGGGCGCGCACGAGGCAUUUUCAGUCCUGCCGCUGGCGUGCCAAUCACGUCGACCUGGUGUCCGGCCGUGCGCCAGCGGUGGCGCCUGCUCCCCCAGUCCUUGAUGGUGGCGGCGCGGGUGCUGAUAACGGUCACUCCGAAGACGACGACGAAGACGAACAUCAACAACAACAACAACAGACUGAUAAAGACGCUGGCUGGACGACCAUGUUUUCUGUUCACGACAAGGCUCAGGUGCACACACUCCCACUAGCCGACCAGGUUGAUAUUGAUGCCGCACUCAUUGCAUAUAAACAACGGCUAAUUGAAAAACUGGCUCAAUGUUUGGAUGAAUCCAGUGGUGGUCUCAAGUGGUGGCUCGUGACAAACAUAGAAUGUAGACGCGAGAUACCCGGAGACGAAGAGGGACAGUUGGUUGUCGAGACUGCCGAGAAGUCUCUUCGAAGCGGUCUACAGCGACUCCUGAAGGUCCCCGAAUCCAUCCCAGAGCAGAUUGAAACGGCCAUAUUAGAGGUGCUUAACAAUGCAGAGCAAAUAUACCUGGAAGGAAGUAACUGGGUCAUUGGAGCAGUACUGUCACUAGACCUAAACACUGCCGACUACCGCCCCGUGGUGGGUAGUCGGGAGGAAAGCGGUGGCAGCUUCAUGCCCGUUCCGGACUGGAUUGGUAAAAGGCGUAAGUCAUUGUUGAAUAUAGCUAAUAAAACAGACAAUCGCUGUUUUGAGUACUCUGUACUAGCACACAUUCAUUAUAAAGACAUCAGAGCAAACCGCCAUAGGCCUGCUCAAUAUCGGCGCUACCUCGGGGAGUUAAAUAUGGGUGACUGGGCCCCCGAGGUGUAUCGGCCGAUGAAAGUCGCUAAUAUUCCUAAAUUCGAGUCAAUGAAUCCGAACAUCUCUAUCUGUGUCCUGUCGGCGGUCGUGGAGGACGAGCUAGAUGAAUAUGAAAACAUUACGGACGACACUGAACUUGCUGCGGACGCAGCGCACUCCUAUCCAGCCGCCGCGUGCGUUGAACCUGGCGAUGUACACGAUGCUGACCUAGAGGGCAGAAAACGGAACAGACGCAUCAUUGUCAAGUACUGCACAAAGGAGAAGAAACAACACCACGUGACUCUCCUUCUGCUUGACAAUGAGGUGACUGGGCGCAGUCACUACGUUCUCGUUACGGACUUCCACUCGUUCAUGAGUUGUGGGCGAAAAUGGAACAAUCGCAUCGAGUUCUGUAGUUACUGCCUUAACCCUAUAUGGCCGCGCAAUGAAGGGAACGGCAAAGUAUCCAAGCUUGCCGAACACGAGGCUGUGUGUCGCACGCUGGGGGCGCAAAGAGUUGACUACAUGCCUGGAAGUGCAUGCUUCGAUCAGUCACAGUUCAAAAAGUGCCAGCUAGACUAUUUCAACGCAUACUAUGACUUUGAAUGCGCCCUGCCAAAAGUAGAAGAGACGCCAGAUGGCACCCCAAGGAAAACACAACGCACCCAGCGCCACGUGCCUGUCGCCUUCUCGAUCCUAGUCACCAAUGUUCAUGGUGAUCUUGUUCAGAUGGUGACAAAGCAUGGGACAGAGGAGGAUGACGUGGCCGGCAUGUUUCUCACUGAGGCAUUCCGACUGGAAGCAGAACUGUAUGAGAGGCGGCCAAACUACCCCAUUCAUAUGAGUGAUGAUCAGAUCGAACAGCAUGAGGCCGCAACAGUGUGCUACCUGUGUCGGAAACCGUUCAGUGAGACUGAGCCCAGACUGGCAAAGUGUGCCGACCACGACCAUAAUUUACAGUUCCAUUCAUACAUUGGCGCGGCGCACAACAAAUGCAACGGGGCGAAAAAGAGAGAGUCCAGACUUACAUUUUGGGCACACAAUGCACAGCGCUAUGACAUGCAUUGUGUGUUCAAGGCUCUCAUCUCCCACCCUAUGCUUGUCGGAAAAAGCAUCGAUGUGUUGCCCACUACUCACGAUUCGUACAAGUCCGCCACGAUACACAUCAACAGAAAACAGCGUCGUUCCAUCAAGUUUCUGGACAGUUUUAACUUUGUGAGCGCCUCGUUGGACACUAUUUCGACCUCACUUAGUCCACACGAUCUGUUUAUGCUGUAUCAGGUGUACCCCAACAAGAGACUGCGAGAUCUGUUGAUGCGGAAAGGCGUGUACUGUUACGAACACGUGCAGAGCUACCAACAGCUUGUGGAAGAGACCCAACUACCAGGUAUCGAUGCUUUUUACUCAUCACUGACUGGAGACACUGUGUCCGAAGAGGAGUACGAGAGAGCUAAGGCGGUGUGGAGCGGCCUUGGAUGUAAGACACUACUAGACUACACUGUGCACUACCUGAAGACGGACGUGAUCCUGCUGGCCUAAUUCAUGAACCGCUUUCGAUCCAU